CUCUGCUCAAUUGUGAUCGUCCACCUGGAGGGGCAACUCCUGGAUCUUUUUUCUCUGCUCAGCAGAACAGACAAGGAUGGACGCUGGAUCGGCUGGGAUGUUCAUUACACUCCUCCUCCUCUCCAUCCUGUGUUUCCUGGUAUGGAGAAAUGAUAAGAAGAGAAACCAGCUGCCUCCUGGACCAGCCCCAUGGCCCAUUGUGGGCAACUUAUGGCAAAAGGAUGUCCUGCCGCUCUACAAGACAUACGAGAAGCUCAGCAGCACGUACGGACCCAUCUUCACCGUCUGGCUGGGGCUGAAGCCGGCAGUGGUGCUCUGUGGGUACAAGGUGGUGAAGGAUGCUCUGGUGGGCCACUCCGAGGAGUUUGGAGGGAGACCUGAAAUACCCCUUCUGACGAAGCUAUCAAAAGACUAUGGUUUUGUCUCCAACAAUGAGAAGAAGUGGCGGGAGCUGCGGAGGUUCACGGUCAGCACCCUUCGGGACUUCGGGAUGGGCAAGAGCUCCAUGUCGCAGCGUGUGCAGCAGGAGGCCCAGCACCUGGUGGAAAUGCUGGCAAAACUCGAAGGAAACACCUUUGAGCCGAUGAAGAUGUUCAGACAUGCAGUUGCCAAUGUGAUGUGCUCUGUAGUGUUCGGGAGCCGUUACAGCUACAGUGACACUGCGUUUCUGGAUCUACUGAACAUGAUUGGGAAUUACAUCAGCUUCUUCCUCUCCCCCAUUGCCACGGUCUACAACACCUUCCCCAACAUCAUGCAUCACCUGCCAGGGCGACACAAAAAAGCCCUGGCUGAGUGUGAGAAGCUGAAGGACUACAUCCGAGAAAAAAUUGAGCUUCACAAGCUGACGCUGGACCCCAGCUGCCCCCGGGAUUACAUCGACUGCUUCCUUAUGAAAGCAGAGAAGGAGAAGAGCAGCUUGGAGAACAUGUACAACAAUGAGGACCUGGUCAUGUCAGUAUUCAACCUCUUUGGUGCCGGGACAUUGUCUACAAGCAACACCCUGGUCUUCUUUCUCUUGAUCCUGGCAAAAUACCCCCAUAUUCAAGCCAAGAUCCAAGAGGAGAUCGAUAUGGUGGUGGGCACCAGCCGUGCUCCCAGCACAGAGGACAAGCUGAGGAUGCCAUACACCAAUGCGGUGAUCCAUGAGCUGCAGCGUUUCCAUAAGACCCGCACCGAGAACUUCCCGCGGAUGACGACACAGGAUGUCAUGUUCAGGGGCCACAUCAUCCCCAAGGACACAGCUGUUAUUCCAGUUUUGUCUUCUGUGCAUAUGGAUCCAACCCAGUGGGAGAACCCCAAAGAAGUCAACCCAGGCCACUUCUUGGAUGAAAAGGGCAAGUUCAGGAAGCGUGAAGCCUUCAUGGCUUUCUCAGCAGGGAAGAGGAUGUGCCCAGGAGAGGCACUAGCCCGCAUAGAGCUCUUCCUUUUCCUCACCACUCUGCUGCAGAACUUCACCUUCCAGCUCGCCAUUGAGUCCAAGGAGAUGGAUUUGUCCUCCCUAUGGCUGGAAAUUGAGAAGAGGGUGAUACCGGCCAAGUUCUACGCUGUACGGCGCACAGUGCCCUCUUAAGCUGAGAGCAGUGGGGAGACAGAAGGGGUCUUCCAGGUGCCUCUGCUUCUUCCAAAACCAGCACAAGCCAGGCAACUAUGUUCUACAGCAGCAGCCACGAAGUAGGAGGAUCACUUCGAACUUCUCCUUGAAGAACUGCCAGGUAUCUCUGCCAUCAGCUCCAUGGGUAUCCUGGCUCCCAACUCUUCCACUCUGCAUCCCAGUAACACAAGGAAGGCAGCACUGGUUUUCCUCCCUCCAUAUCUAUUGACUCUGGUUGAACCUUGAGCAGUCUGUGCCUGUGGCUCCCUGGGCUCCACUCAGCUGGGCUCUCCAUCAUUUUGGUGACAGAUUAAGAGUGUUUCUGCAAUAAAUAUA